AAUUAGUUAGGCGCGCACCGGGCAACUACGUGGGGUCUUGUUGCGUAGUCAGUCGUCGUUACCAUGGAAACCCUGCUACAAAUGUUGUGCUGUGCGACGCUAAAGCUGAUCUCAUUGAGUUAAACGGAAGAAAUACAAAAGUUUUAAACGGGCUAAGUGUUUGUUAUUGUCUACCCUUUAUAUCAAAGCUAUAAAUGUCACCAAACAAAGAUAUAAAAUUUCCACCUUUAACACCGUCACAAAAAACAAGACUUACAUAUGAACACAAUCUGCAAAGUUACACAGCCCAGGAAUCAGAGGAAGGACAUGAAGAGGAAAGUGCUGGUGGUGUAUCUGUCCAACCAUGUGCAACGAGAAAGUGCUGGACAGGAGGCAGUUUCUUUUAUGCAGGCCCAGACAGAAAGCCACAACUUCUGAUGCAGCUGGAGAACUAUGUGAGCAAGGAGCUUCAUGCUAUCGACCCACAUGAGCCGAAAUUUCAGGAGCUGAAACUUCAGGUCUACCGCAAUGCAUUUGAAUGUUUCAUCACUGCCUUCAAAACUUACCAACCCCUUCUGUCUGCCAUUAAAAAGGAAUAUGAAAACACCUUUGUUCGUCAGGGAGAACAAAUCAAAAAGCUGGAACCACUGCAGUCCCAUCUGAGGCUGGUGACAGAGGAAUGUGACAGAAAGAUUCAAGCUCGCUGGGCAGAGGAGCAGGCUGAGAUUGCUGCCUUGAAAAUGGAGAAGCAGAAGCUAAAGGAGGAGAUUGAAGCCAUGAGAAAGAGAGAGAAGACAGUGCAGGCAGUGGUGGAUCAUCUGCAGUCAGAACUGUCUGACCAGUAUCUGCAGUACCGGGAGGAGCGUGAUGCUCGCAGGUUGCUGAUUUGGCAGCUCAAUGACAUGACAAAAAGUACUGUGAAGGAGGAGCGUUCUGCAGACAAAAGUACAGAUUGGAAGGAUCCUGUGGAACUGCAGCUUGCUCUAAAGGUGUGUCGAGAAGACCUGAGGAACGCCCAGGAGGAACUGAACAGGAUGAAUGCAGAGUACUGGGGUGUUGUGCCCCAGUGUGACUGGGACGCCCUUGAACAGAAACACCAACGGACCGAGCUACAGUUGAAGACACUCCAGGACAACUUUGAUCAGUUAAAGAGUGAGCAUGACACUCUGCUGGAACUCCACAAAAGAGGCAGCAUGCAGGCCAAGACACACGUCUCAACCUCUGUCCAGACUGAUGAGAGUGGGUCCCAGUGGCAAAGCCACAUUCAGUCCCAGCAACAAGAGGAACCAGUCACCUCUGAUGCCCCUGAGAGCAACAUGUUCCCUGUCCAUGAGUCUAGGGAGGCCCACAGGACAACAUAUUUUGGAGAGGAAACCGAUCUACAUGUGGCCUCAUCUCAAGGUGAAGCAGGCAACAGUGGUGAUCCCAUCUCCUCUUAGAGCCUGGGUUUAGCGGCUGGGGUCUCAAGUUUGAGCCUUGAUGUAAUUCACAACAUGUGAUCAAAAUUGUGAAGAUGCUGAAUUAAAUAUUAGAAAUUGUGGCCACUGGGAUACUUGUGAGUUUCCAAGCUUCAGCUCCUUGACAAUUCAGUGGAAAAUGUACCAUCAAAUCUUAAAACCACUUUCCUAACAGUGAGUGAAAUACUCGUAUAGUAUUCAUUCUGUAUUGCAACAGUUCAAUGAUCUUAUUCAUCUUAUUCACACAAAUGUAAAACAAAUGUAAGAACAAUGCCCUUCACCUCUUUUGUUCUGGGGAAAAUUAAAGCCUUGUAAAAUCAGCCAGAACUAUUUUCAUUUGUUCCCUGGAAAUGGUUAAGUGUUUUUGUUGAUUUUUGCUUUGCUAACUGUGCUAAUCAGGCUAAAUGCAUCUUAUUAAAAUAAUUUUAAUUCAUAUUACUUUCUUUGAUAUGGUAUUAAAAGGGGCCUACUAUGCCAUGUCCAUUCAUUUACUACAUUCAUAUUCUUCUCCUUUAACAGAGUAUCUUUGCAUGACUGACAGUUCAAAAUAAUCCCUGUUUAUCUUAUUCUGGGCCUUGGUGGAGUCCUUCACUUCAUACUUUCCUCUUUCCUUUAAGCAGACUUUCUUCUGAUUGGCUGCCCCUCGAAAUCAGAGCGUUUGAAAAGCAAGUGGGUGGAACUUCUGUGUUCACAGUUAGUGUGCGCUUGAGAUGACCUUUUUAGGGAUUAAUCCCCAUUCACUAUGAAGCCAUACAUAUUCAGGAGAAGAACAAAUGUAGGAGAAGGCAUUUAGAGCAAUGACUCACAGCCACGUAUAUUGACUUUAACAUUGAAAACUCUGGCCAUGUUUAAAAUGAGUAUCCAACAUUGUAACACAAUAUGUAUGACAGAGAAUAAAGAACUGAAUAAUGUAAAAAUUUUUGAGCCUGUUUAAAAAAAUACAUUCAUUUACAACAUCCAAGUCACCAGCUCUGAUGCUGCUUCCCCAGCACACCACAGCAAAGCACAUUGUGCUCACUACAACUGGCUGAUGGAAAAUCUCCGUGAUUUUGCUCUCGUUUUGCUCUCUUCGUUAGGAAGUAGAGCUUGCUCAUCCUCUUUUUGGAUACAACUUCUGUGUUGGUCUUCCAAUUCAACCUGUUGUUGAUAUGGAUGCCUCUGUAUCUGUACUCCUCCACCACAUCAGCAUCCUGUCCCAGGAUAGACAUGGGUCAGUUGUCCUCUUUCCUCUGAAGUUGAUCGCAGUCACUCUGGUCUUAUUCACAUUUGGAAGCAGAUUAAUCCUCCCAGGUCAGUCCAUUCACCCACUAGUGCUUUGUGCUCCUCUUCCCACCCACAGCUAGUACAGCCAACAACUGCAGAAUUGUCAGAGUAUUUCUGUAGAUUGCAUAGACCACAAUUGUACUGAAAGCCUCAGGUGUACAAGGUGAGCACAAAUGGAGAUGACACAGUUCCCUUUGGAGCUCCUGUACUGUACUGUCCAGUCUCCCAAAUUGCAGUCUGUCGGACAGGUAAUCAUUAAUCCAGGAGAUGGUGGACAUGUUCGUUCAUAUUUCUGGUAGCUUCUGUAUUCGAACUGCAGAGGGUCACGAGAUGUUUUCACUUAUGUUGGACAGUACUUAUCUCUCGACAAUCUUCAUUAAAUAUGAUGUAAUGGCAAGUGGUCAAUAGGCUUUAAAUUCUUAAUAGUGUUGAGGUUUUUGGUACAGGAACUAGACAGGAUGUUUUCCCUUAUACUGAUAUCAUCUCCUGUUUCAAACGUUGGCUGUAAAUGUGACUCAGGAUCAUGGGCAGCUGGCUAGCACAGGUCCUCAGCACCUUGGGGUUGAUGUAAUCAGGCAGUUUUGUGUAGCCUAUUAAUGGGAGAAUUUUAGUAUUUAAACAUGUGUUACUUAUAGCUUGAGAGUAGAUAGCAACACAUGUAGUAAAAUUAAUUUCUUUCAGGACCAAAACAAGGAAAGCGGUGAGGCUCAGUGACGUUGUAGUCCAUGCUCUGCAGAAACAGAUAAGUUAAUGUGCUGCUAAUGGUAAUAUGUCCACCCCAGAUAAGCACCUUUCUCUGCCAGUUUUAUAUUUCAAAUGCUGAUAGCAUGUUUGAAAAAGUCUUCCAAUCUUUGACUGUUAAAAAAUGCUUUGCAACCUAGGGCUCAAUAAAAGAUUCCCCAAUGCCCUGAUAUUAACAGGGUUAUUAUAUAAUCUCAAGGAUUUAUUCUGAGAAGGUUCACAACCCAUAUGAGCUGCACUUCAUUUGUAAAAAUAAUUCAGUAGAUAGAUAGAUAGUUGCUAACUAUAGAAACUAACUAAAAUAGUAGGAGAAUAGAUUUCUUUCUUUCU